AACGCAUUCAGUUGUGCCAGUGACUUACUUACCAUGUGUAAAUUCAGUCGACAAUUAGUUUUGCGAUUAAUACUAUGUUUGGCAUUUGACCAUAUUUAUGGGCAAGUGUCCGAGCGUAUUGUUGGCGGCAGUGCGGUGACACAAAAGAUAUAUCCUUAUUAUGUGCGUCUGCACUAUCGAGGACUGUUCAGUUGCGGCGGUUCGUUGGUGCGGAAUAAUGCUGUACUCACGGCUGCACACUGUGUCAGUGGCAGAAAUGUGGAGGAGCUGAGCGUACACGCGGACACCAUUAAUUUGGGCGACACUGGAGUAGUGAGAACAAUCAAGUACAUGCUGGUUCCAAAAAAAUACGAUGCGUAUACACUAAAUUAUGAUGUAGCGGUGUUGAUACUCUCCUCUGCCAUACCGAGUGCACCAGUGAUACCAUUGAAUAAGGACGCGGUCCCUGCCGGUACGAGUUGCCUGGUUAUUGGUCAUGGCAGAACCAAAGAAAACGGCGUCCUCUCGAGACAAUUGCAAGAGAUCUACGUACCUAUCAUGAGUCGGGAAGUUUGUCAGCACAAAUAUCUCGGUAACUACGUUGUUACACAAUAUAUGAUGUGCGCUUGGAGAUUGGGCAAAAAGGAUUCGUGUAAAGGUGAUUCUGGCGGUCCGAUGGUAUGCAACGGUAAACAGGCUGGCAUUGUUUCGUGGGGCUUGGGUUGUGGGCGUGUCCAAUAUCCGGGCGUUUACACAGACAUAAGCCAGGUGUAUGGUUUCAUUGAAUAUUUGCUUAAAAAGUAUGCGUAAGCAGGAAGUGGAGCAGAAUUAUAUGUUUUUGGAAUAAGUACUGUUAUCUUUGCUUGACU